AUGAAUAUUGAUAAUUAUGAAGAUAAUAAAGGAGAUGAUGGAAUAAUUACAACAAAUACAUCCGAUACUAUUACGAAUCUAGAUCAAAUAAAUAUCAAAAUCAAUAAUCAUGAUAAUAAUCUUACAAGUUUGACAAAUAAUCCCAAUGAUAGUGACUCAUCAUUAUCUUCAGAUAGUAGUUCUAUACAGUCAUCUAAUAAUCAAAUUUUAACGAGGAAGACAUACUCGAGAAAAUCUAUUAAACAAAGAGCAAAUACUCAAAGUGAAGAAGAUGGGGAAGAAGAGGAAGAAGAAGAAUCAAAUGAAAAUGAGAACGAUAAUGAAAAUGAAGAAAAUGAUGGAGAGGUAUUUCAAGAAGUAUAUGAAAGAAGGCAACUAAUUGAAGAAUUAUUAGAAGAAACUAAUUGGGAAGAAGGUGAUCCAUGUUUUCUCAUAUCAAAACAAUAUUUAGAUAAAUUUCUAGAUGAACCAGUAAAAUCAUGGCCAGAAUUGGUUCAUAAACUUGGACCAAUAGAUUCUCAUUUAAUAUUAGAUACAAAUGAACAAUUAUAUCCUGAAAAUGAAGAACCUUAUGAAUCAUAUCCAGUUUCUGAACAUGUAUUUAGAAAUUUAAGUCAUUGGUUUCAAAUUUUAGGUGUAACAGUUCAAAGAUACUUCAUUAUUAAUCCUGUUUCCGGAAAAUUGGAAAUUGAAAGAUGGCCUAUAAAUUUUGCAUUACAUCAAAUUGGUAAAAAACAAACUCAAAGUUAUUUUAGAAAUGGUAAUUCAAGAUAUAGUCAACCUGAACAAGAUGAGUCUCCAUUUAUGUUUCAUAUGUCUAAAGUUACUACUUUUUUAACUUUAAUUGAAAGUAUUAGAUAUUGGCUUAAAUUACAAAAGAAACCAAUUGAAGAUUUUAGAUUAUGGUUUAUAAAUAAUGGUACUGAGAUUAGCAACAAUAGUAUACCAUAUUUGAUCACGGUAAAUAAUUUCAUUUUCAACAUAAAAAACAUAUGUGUUGUAGAUAAAUCGAUCUAUGGUUUCACAUUAUAUGAUAAAGGAAUUUCUACUAAUCGAUAUGAAAAUGUUCAUAUUGUUAUUGAAUAUAAAGAUAAAAGUAAUUCUGAUUUUCCUAUUGAUCAAUAUAUUAAAUCAAAUUCAACAACAUUCCAAGAUAAUAAUGAUGAAGUUGGAGUUGGAGGUCAUAUGGGUUUAUCAAAUUUAGGUAAUACAUGUUAUAUGAAUUCAGCAUUACAAUGUUUAUUACAUGUACCUGAAAUUAAUCAAUAUUUUUUUCAUAAUAUAUAUCAAGGUGAAUUAAAUAGAGAUAACCCCUUGGGUUACAAUGGUGAUGUUGCUAAUGCGUUUGGUUCAUUAUUGAAACAAGCUUUUGAUCCUUAUAAAAAUUCUUCAAGUAUUUCACCAAGAGAGUUUAAAUCAACUAUUGGAAGAUAUAGUUCCAUGUUUUCUGGUUAUUUACAACAAGAUUCUCAAGAAUUAUUGAGUUGGUUAUUAGAUGCAUUACAUGAAGAUUUAAAUCGUAUAUAUAAAAAACCAUAUUGUGAAAAACCAGAAUUAAGUGAUGAAGAUAUUAAUAAUUCAGAAGCUAUAACGAAAUUAGCAGAUACUUGUUGGCAUCAACAUAAACAAAGAAAUGAUUCAGUAAUUGUUGAUUUAUUCACUGGGUUAUAUCAAUCAACUUUAGUUUGUCCAGAUUGUGAAAAGACAUCAAUUACAUUUGAUCCAUUUAAUGAUUUAACAUUACCUUUACCAAUUAGUAAAAAAUGGUAUCAUACAUUAACAAUAGUUGAUUUAUCACAAGAUUCAACCUUACCUAAAAGAAUAAUGAAAUUAGAAGUUGAAUUGAAUAAGACUUCAAAUUAUGAAGAUUUGGUCAAUUAUUUAUCUAAAUUUUUAAAAAUUGAUCAUUCAAAUUUAUUUAUUUAUGAAAUUUUUCAACAUGGAAUUUAUCAAGAUUUUCAAGUUGAUCGUGUGAAGAAUAAAUUUAUACCGAUUGGUGAUUUGAUUAGAGAACCUGAUGAUAUUGUGGUAUACAUUAUUCCUAAUAAUCCUGAAGAAGAUGUUAUUUUACCUGUAUUUAACGUUGCCGAAGAUGAUGAUACUCUGUAUCGUAUGGGUAAUUUCUUUGGUAUCCCACUUUUUAUAACUUUGAAAAAAGAUCAAUUGAAUAGUUUUGGUACUAUUAGACGAAAACUUUUAGAUGCCGCUUCAUUAUUAAGCAAUUAUGAUCUUGUUGAUGAAUAUGAAAAACUCAAAAAGAUAACUUAUCCAGAUUAUAAACAUAAAGAACAUUACUUAAAGCAGGACUUCAAGUAUUUGACAUCUAAAGAAAAUGAAAUUGGUCAAGAUGAAAACAAGGGUUACGAUAGUGAUAUUUCAAUUGCUGAUCCAUAUAUAAGUAGCGAAUACGGAUUCAGAGUGAAAUAUAUACCUGAUUACAGUGGUAAAAGUGGGUUAACUCAUUUAAGAGGCCGUAAUUAUCCAAAUAUCAAUAAACAUCAAUCAGAAAGGUUGAUUAAUGUUCCGCUUCAUAAACCUGCUUUAUCGGAUUUUCAUUUAUUAUCAGAUCAAUUAGAAGAACCUAAAAAAUCCUUUUAUCGUUAUUCAGAGAGUGAAUACAAAAAUAAUGAAGAACAAAGGACCUCGCUGGAUGAACAGAUGCUGGCAUCAAAUUCACCAGAAAUUAUAUCAUUAGGAAAUUCAGAUAAAAGUGAUGAAAAUGAAGGGUUUGUGGUUGUUGGGAAAUUUGAUGAUGCUAAACCAACUACUUCAACCUCAUAUAAUGAUGAUUAUGAUCCUCAAUUAGUACAACAAAGACCUCCACCACCAUUACCUUUAAGAAAUCAUCUUUUAAGAUCAUCAAAUUCGUCAGAUGAAGAAACUGAAAGUGAAAAUAAUUUUGGAAAUUUAUUUGGAUCUAAUUCAAAUUUACCUGAACCUCCUGCAUCAAAUGCAUAUUCUGAAUCUUUAAAACCAUCAAAUGUUAAUUCACCACUUGAAACAAAUUUCUAUGAUGAAGGGCAAAAUAAUAUUCAAAAUGAACGUAAUGAAGAACAACAACAACAAGAACUUAAUAGUUUAGUUAAUAAAAAUUCUAUAUUAUUAUGUGAAUGGGACAAACCGGUAUACAAUAACUUAUUUGCUUCAAAAGAUGGUGACGCGUUAUCAAACAUUGAAAAAUUAUCAAAUCCAGAAUUAGAAAAUAAUAAAGCUAAAUAUCAAAAAUUGAAAAAAGCUAAAAUUACAUUAGAUGAAUGUUUAAAAAGUUUUAGUACUCCUGAAAUUUUAGGUGAACAAGAUUUAUGGUAUUGUCCAAGAUGUAAAGCACAUAAAAGAGCAACAAAAACAAUUCAAUUAUGGUCAACUGGUGAUAUUUUAACAAUACAUUUAAAAAGAUUUCAUAGUGCAAGAGCAUUUAGUGAUAAAAUUGAUUCAGUUGUUGAUUUUCCAAUUGAAGGUCUUGAUAUUAGUUCAUAUGUUGCAAAUCCAACUAUAACAAAUGGUGAUUGUAUAUAUGAUUUAAUUGCAGUUGAUAAUCAUUAUGGUGGUUUAGGAGGUGGUCAUUAUACAGCUUCUGUUAAAAAUUUUAGAGAUAAUAAAUGGUAUUAUUUUAAUGAUUCAAGAGUUACUGAAAUUGAAAAACCAGAAGAAGUUAUUUCAAGUGCUGCUUAUUUAUUAUUUUAUCGUAAAAGAUCUGAAAAUAAUAAAUUAGGAGGUGAAAAAUUUGCUAAAUUAUUAGCUGAAGGUGAUUUAAGAUACAAAUAUGAACAAGCGUUAAAACAAGAUUCAAUAACAAAAGUUGAAGAAGAAAUUACCAAGUACCAUAAAUCAUACGAAGAUGAAGAAGAACAAGAACAAAAUGAAGAAGAAAUAGUUUCACAAAAUGAUGAAAUCAAUUAUGAUGAAAUAAUUUCAAAUAUUCAGGCUGAAGAACCAAUAACUCCAUUAACUGAUGAUUCAGAAAUUACAAAAGAAGUAGAAUUACAAGAUUUAAGUAACUUAAGUACUAUUGAAUCUAGUAGUAGUAGCAGUACAUCUAAAAAGCAAAGAACUUUACUGAAACAUGGUGAUGAUAUUGUUAAACGACAAAAAAUGAGUUCAAGUCCAAUUGUUGAUUAA